GAUGUCUCCGCCACUUCUCGCGAGAUUUGCUUCCCCCACACAGGAGUUGCUAUGCGAGUCUUCUCGCUGCCGCUCUGUGAGGGAGGUGAAGUCCGCGGGCGGGAAAAGUCUGUAACGCGAGCUGUGCGGAUCGGUGACCAGAGAACAUGGGCUACCUCAGUCACCUCGUCUUGCAGAACUUCAAAUCGUGGAGAGGCCGCCAGGUCAUAGGGCCCUUCAAACGGUUCAAUUGUGUCAUUGGCCCCAAUGGUUCAGGAAAAUCAAAUUUAAUGGAUGCACUUAGUUUUGUGAUGGGUGAGAGAACGUCUAAUUUAAGAGUGAAGAGUGUUCGAGAGCUUAUUAGCGGAGCUAAUGUAGGGCGGCCUGUCUCUUCUACUGCCAGCGUGCACUUGGUUUAUUGUGAUGAGACUGGAGAGGAAAAGACAUUUUCGAGGAUGAUUUUAGGGGGCGCUACAGAAUAUCGACUUAAUGACACACCAAUAGGACGUUCAGCGUAUGUUCUGGAGCUUGAAAAAAUUGGAAUAAUUUCAAAGGCCAGAAAUUGUCUCAUAUUUCAGGGUGAGGUGGAAUCCAUUGCAGUGAAGAAACCUAAAGAAAGAACCCAACUUUUUGAACAAAUAAGCAACUCAUCAGAACUAGCAGAAGAGUAUGAGCAAAAGAAAAAAAAAAUGUUACAGGCUGAGGAAGAUGCACAGUUCUGCUAUAAUAAGAGGAAAAAUGUGGCAUUUGAAAGAAAGCAUGCCAAGAUAGAGAAGGAAGAGGCUGAUCGUUAUAAAAGUCUUCGCCAUGAACUUCUUAAAAGUAAACAGCAUCUCCAGCUUUUUCAGCUUUUUUACAAUGAAAACAAAUUGGAGAAUUUAUAUGGAAACUUAAAUGAAAAACACAUGGAAACCAACAGUCAAAAAGACCAACUUGCUGAUACUGAAUCUGAACUGAAGACUGUAAAACAAGGUUUUGGAAGGCUGAACAGAGAACUACAGCAGAUUGAAAAAGAAAUUAAAGUCCUUGAAGCAUCACUAAAUCAAUUGAGGCCCCAGUUCAUUAAAACAAAAGAAAAUUCUAAACACCAGAUGAAGAAGGUUGAAAUUACUAAAUCUUCCCUGAAGAAAACUGAGAAACACUGUGGCACACUGGAGCAAGACAUUAAUGAGUUGGAAAAGGAGAUUGAUGAAGUAAAGCAGGCCUGGAGAAUAUUCGAUCAGAAGCUUGAAGAGGAGCAUUUAGAAAGACAAGCAGAUGUUGAGUUGGAGCAAAGUCAGCUGGAUCAAUACAGGCUGUUAAAAGAGGAGUCGCGAAAGAAAAAUGCUGUACUGGGGCAGCAGCUGGAAAAGCUUCACUGGGAAGAGAGGGCUAUAGAAGAGAAAAUGGCGUUUCAGCAGAGGAGACAAAACGAAAUAGAGGCAAACAAAAAGUGUGUAGAGGAGCAGAUUGAAGACUACAACAGGAGAGUGGGGAAAUUAGAAGACUACAUCAACACUUGCAUCAAUGCUCUUGAAGAGCACAGAAAGCAGGAGGAACAGCUCGUUCGUGAAAUUGAAUACAGUACUCAGAGGAUGUCAGAGGUAAAUGAGGAGCUGAACAUUACUGUUAGUGAGCUGCAGAACGCUAGGAUCGAUUUUAAUGAAGGCACUCGCCAGAAGAAGAAAGCAGAAAUUUUGGAGAGUGUGAAAAGAAUGUACCCAGACUCUGUGUUUGGCAGAUUGUUCGAGCUGUGUCAUCCAAUCCAUAAAAAGUACCAACUAGCUGUUACCAAGGUCUUUGGCAAGUACAUGAAUGCCAUUGUUGUGACAAGUGAGAGGGUGGCAAAGGACUGCAUCCGAUUUCUCAAAGAAGAAAGAGCAGAGCCAGAGACAUUUCUUGCCUUGGACUAUCUGGAAUUAAAGACAGUCAAUGAAAAGCUGAGGGAAAUUAGAGGUUGCAAAAUGUUGCUUGAUGUCGUACAGUGUUCAAAUGCCUCUCUAAAAAAGGUGGUUCAGUUUGUUUGUGGCAAUGGCCUGGUGUGUGAAACAGUCAAGGAGGCAAGACACAUUGCAUUUGAUGGUCCUGAGAGGCUAAAAACAGUUGCUUUGGAUGGAACUAUGUUCUUAAAAUCUGGUGUGAUAUCUGGAGGCUCAAGUGAUUUGAGGUUUAAAGCCAAACGCUGGGAUGAAAAAGAGAUAACUGAACUAAAAGAGAAAAGAGAUGUUUUAAUGAGUGAACUAAAGGAACUAAUAAAGUUAAAGAGGAAGGAGAGCGAUUUAAAGCAGCUUCAGGCUCAAUCACAAGGAACACAGACCCGUCUCAAAUAUUCUCAAAGUGAGCUAGAAGUCAUAAAGAAGAAAAAUCUUGCCAGUUGCUUUGCGGAAAAAUCUAGGCUGGAAAGUGAGUUUUCAAAUGCUGCUUCUCAGUUUACAAUGUUAGCAGAAGAACUUGGAAGGCAUAAGGGUAAAAUCGCAGACCUUCAAGAGCAAAUGAAUAAGCUGGAAGACAGCGUGUUUAGGAAUUUCUGUGACGAGAUAGGAGUGCAAAAUAUUCGUGAUUUUGAGGAAGAACAUGUGAAACAACAUGAAGAAACCGACAAGAAAAGGCUGGAGUUUGGAAAUCAGAAGACACGUCUGGAAAUUCAAAUUGAAUACAUUCGUGGACAACUAAAGAAAGAAACAGAAAAAGUGAUAAAGCUUAGGGAGAACUUAAGCAAAGAGGAAGAGCAAGUUACUCAGUUAAAGAAGGAUGAACAACGAUUUCUCAGGUUAGUUGAUGAAGCCUUAUCUCGGCAACAAGAAUUUAAAAAUCAUCUGAUUCACAAACAGUCAGAGGUCUCUCAAGCUCAGAAACUGGUUGAAGAAACACGUAAGAAGCUGAUAAAUAUUAGCAGGGAAAUUGGCAAGAAACAGAAGGAAGCAAUGACCAUUGAAAGUCUGAUAGAGCAGAAAAGGUUAGAAAGACACAAUUUACUCCUGGAUUGUAAAGUCCAAGAUUUGAAUAUAACUCUGCUAGCUGGCUCCUUGGAAGAUAUCAUGGAAGUUGAGGUAGACAGUGAAAGCACCCGAACUACUGCUGAAAUCUAUGAAAGAGAAGGGACUAUUCGCAUUGACUAUGAUGAUCUUCCUCAUAAUUUAAAGGUGUUGAUGACCGACAAUGAAAUCUCAGCUGAACUUAUGCGAAUGCGUCAACAAUGCAUUGCUCAUGAAAACAUCCUGCUAAAGACAUCUGCUCCAAACCUGAGAGCUCUGGAGAAACUCCAGAAUAUCAGUGACAAGUUUCAAGAAACCACAAAUGCUUUUGAGACCAGCAGAAAGAAAGCCAGUCUGUGUAGGACAGAAUUUGAGCAGGUGAAGCAGAAGAGAUAUGAGCUUUUUAGCCAGUGUUUUGAGCAUGUUUCUGUAGCUAUCGAUCAGAUCUACAAGAAGCUCUGCAGAAAUGCCAGCGCUCAGGCCUUUCUUAGUCUUGAGAAUUCAGAGGAACCUUACCUUGAUGGAAUUGGCUACAACUGUGUAGCUCCGGGGAAGAGAUUUAUGCCUAUGGACAACUUGUCUGGAGGAGAGAAGUCUGUAGCUGCACUGGCUCUUGUGUUUGCUAUCCACAGCUUUCGUCCUGCACCAUUCUUCAUUUUAGACGAAGUAGAUGCAGCUUUGGACAACAGUAACAUUGGUAAAGUCACAAGUUACAUCAAAGAACAGACAAGACAGCACUUCCAAAUGGUGGUAAUUUCCUUAAAAGAAGAGUUUUUUUCCAAGGCAGAUGCUUUAAUUGGAGUGUGCACAGAGCAUGAUGAAAUGUGCAGCCAAGUGCUGACUCUGGAUCUCACUGUCUAUGAAGAUGAUGAAGACUCUGAAAGUGACAGAAUGUAAAAGAUGGGCUAUUCCUUUGAACCCUUAGUACUCAGCACUUAGUUCACACGGCAAGAAUUGUGCUUGUUUUUUUUUGUUUGUUUUUUUACAUGUUGUACAUUAUUUGCAUGAAACAUUGAAUUGUAAAGGAUGCUGGGUGCUCUGCUAUGAAAUGCCUUUUUUCCAGUUUUAUCAGUUUGGAGCAUAAAGGUUCUGAUAUUAUACCUGUAUAGUUUAAUCUUAUGUUAAAAACGUUACAUAAGGCAAGAAUCAAAUUAAUUUGGCACAAAGCAUACCACUAGCUCUACAAAAAGGGCAGGUAAACCAGCUACCAUGACUGACUUCCAUGAAUUUCUUUUCCAGUGCUGAAAAGCCUGUCACAAGGCACCCAUGGCUGUCUUUUCCUUCUAAAAAUGCUAGUUGCCCAGCCGUCAUGCUGACCUAAGAGCUUGUGAACAUGUGCUGAAACUAUGCACAUUAAUGUAUUAGAGAUUUGUAACAAGCAGUCAGCAGUUUGUCUAAAUUAGAAGGCUGUCAGGCCUCCCUCUGAGUCACUGCUGCCAGAGGAAGCAAUUGAUUUUGCUUCAGUGCCUCUGCUAUGAACCUUUAGGAUGAAUUAUUCCACAUAACCUGCAGCUACAGAAGUCAGUGGAGACUUGUUUUAUAGCUAUUUUACUGAUUGUUACGAAUAUCUAAAUAAGGGCUAUGUAGACAGAUGUACAUAUUUACCAAAUUUUUUUUUGUCUAAUACUACAUUUUGCAUUCAAUGCAUGCAUUUAAGCAGCAAUACAUUUGAAUGGGAAAUGCUGUGUCUGACAAGAACACCGGUCUACAUGGGUACUAAUAAUGUCCACCCUCUGGCCACACGAUCACUUUAAUUUUUUAGUCACUGACCUAAAAAAUGGAUGCAGAUGAGGACGACUCGCUUUUCUUCAGUAUUUUCGAUUGACACACUUGUCUGGGAUCAGUGAAUCAAAAAGCAUUGAAGCCACAGGAUCAGCAAAACAACCAGACAAGUUAGCCUUUUUAGGAGGUCAGUAAUGGCAUCUACCAUAUUUCUUUCCUGACAAAUUUACAAAAAAACGGUUUCUGGAACCAGUGAUAAUCCUAGAGCUUGCACAUCAUGGGUGUGCUGUGCCCUGGAACUCAUGUCUGGGAAAAUGGUAGAUGCAGUUAAUAGUAAAAAAAACUUUUCCCUGCUCAGGGUCAUACUUUGUGUCGAGCAGCCCCAGUUUUCAAGGUGUAAGAACAACUGCACUGAGAUUAAAGCGUCAGAAUGGGCAAUACCAAAAUACCUGGGCUGUAUCUGAUUGGUUGCUUUGAACACCAGACAAUCCUUUUCUAUUCUUUUAUUAAUCCUUGGUUUUGUUUGGUGUCGUGUAAGGAUUGACUGACCUAACACGCUGCAGCUCGGUUUCACCUGUUUGUCUCAGCAGCUUUCCAAGAAGAAGCUUCCAAAGGAAAAAAAAAUUGAGAACAUUUGUCUACUGUGACCUUUCUUUUUAACCUGUUAGAAUUGCAAAAUGAUCUGCUACAUUGGUGGUUGUUGUUGUUAACAUAAAACAUUGUUAAUUAAAUGGUUGAGCAUC